UAUUAUCUAUCGGCCUCGGUUUAUCCGGCAUUGGAUCUACAACAUCGAGGAUCAGUCAAGGGGAUGGAUCUCCUGCAAUGCGUCGGGGAGCAUGGAGGAAACAUGGUCAAAGUACCUUGAGUACACAUAUAUACGAGCAUUGCGAUCCAUCCGUUCCUCAUACAGCGUUCUCUUCUAGAUCGUCAAAGUCGCCAUGUCCGCCUUUGGUCUGUACCGAUCCUCCUUUGGAGAGCUUUUUCCCGUUAUUGCUGCCCUUGAUAUCGCCGUCGCCGGCUUGCUAUUGGGUGUCGCAUGGAUCCUCCGUGCCCGAGUGCUGACGCCUUACAAUCACUUGCCAUGUGAGCGAUGUAAUUUCCAUCCGUCUUUCACAAGGACUGAUCAUUCUUCAGCGCCUCCCGGUCUAUCUCUCAAGCAUGACCACUCAUCACUCAGUCUCGGUAAGCCAUAUGGCAGUACAUGGCGAGAAUGGUUCAAAACCUAUGGAUCAACGAUGCUCAUCCGAGUCGCUCCUUACUAUCGACCUGUGAUACUUACCAAGGAUCCCUCAUUCAUUCGCCAUGUAUUCGCCAACAUCAACGACUUUGAAGGCAGUCCCAGGUUCAGUAAAGCUUUCAAGCUGAUGGGCCUGAAUGGAGCCCUCCCAGGCGUCCAUGGCGAACGGCGACAGAGAAUUCGGGCUGUGUACGGUCGUUCGGCAUCAUUGGCCGCUAUGAGAGCGAAAUUCCCUCAAAUGCUGAAAGUCGCCAACAAAGUCAAACAGGAGAUCUCCCAGGCAUCGGAAGUGGUCAACGGGCAGCCGUUCAAUCCCGCGCCUCAUGUGAUCGCUUUCCAGAUGGGCAUCCUCAGUAAGAUCGUCUUUGGGUUUACCGAUGAGGAGAUCGUCAACGGGAAACCAAAGGAGUUCCAAGAUAUUCUCGCCGAAUACCUGAAGUCGAGACAGUCUUUGAGGUGGUGGGAUCUGCACACGCAUAGAAUUCUCCCCUCCGGGAGAUGGAGAAAGCAUCAGCAUAACAGACGUUGUAUUGCUAAUUUUGGAAAGAGGGUACUCCGGGAGAAGCAGGCGAAGAUCACCGGAGCUUUUGGUCACGACCUGAAGGUUGAAGAAAUCGACGAGAUGGGUGAUGAUAUCAUUACCUCCUGGUGUAGAUACAACAUGGCAAACGACAUCCCCGAGAAUCAGAAGAUUUCAGAUGAAGAUUUAGUGGACAAUGUUCCUCUCGCAAUAAUUGCCACCAUGGAUGUCUCCCGCUUGAUAGAUACCGAGAUUCUUCAUCGACUGGCAAUCUCUCCGGACAUACAAGCGAGACUUCGAGAUGAGCUGUCCGCAUUGCCAGAUGAGCCGUCACUGGAAGAUCUGUCGAAGGUCAAAUACCUCGAAGCGUUCAUCGAAGAGAUUGUCAGGAUCAACAACCCUUACACAACAAUUGAACGGACUUGUACGCGUACCAGUGUGGUACCUCUCCGAGAUCCCAUUCAAAUGUCCAAUGGAAAGACUGUGGACUCGAUAACAGUACAUGCUGGAACGGACGUCUCAGUCGCCGUAUACCAAGUCGCACAGGACGAGUCAUUGUACGGUUCUGAUCCCGAAGCAUUCCGACCUGAACGUCAUUUGGGUGGGAGCUGUGAGAAGGUGGACGGCGGAGUAGCACUUCACGCAGCAUGGGGAUCCUCAGUAGGAUUUUCAGGUGGAGGACGUGGCUGUCCUGUCUACCAGUUUCCUCUCGCGUUUAUGCGAGCCUUCAUCUUCGUCAUGGUCAGGUCAUUCGAGAUCUCAGAACCAAAGGACCAGAACGUAGAAGUAUGGACACACACCGUGGCAGACAUAAGACAGUGGAAGAUCAAUGGGAAGGUAGCUACUUAUAUUCCGACCAUCUUCACACCUAUCAUUCAAGACGAGUGAUUGCGACAUGCAGCAGAUCGCUUUGUGCUCUGGUCCCAACACGUAGUACUGCCCGAGAAAUGUAGCCUGUUCCCUGUAUCUUGUUCAACGAUGUCAGACAGCAGUUUUUCUGGG